AUGGAGUAUUGCGUCUCUGCUCGAGACAAGGAGGAAUUCUGGCGAACAUUGGCCGAGGAGGAAAGAGCUCCUCGUUCAGUCACUGACCCGCACUCUAGUGAAUCCGUCAUGUUGAGAGCGUCUACGUUCAAGGACUUAUGGAAGCUAGACGGUCAAAAGAAAUGCACUGCGACAUCCAGAGACUUAGCAAAAGCUGGCCUUUACUACAGUCCAUUGGAUAAAGAUAAUGACCGUGUCAUAUGCAUGUACUGUGACUGCCCCCUAGAUCACUGGGAUCCAGAAGAUGACCCUCUACGAGAGCACAGAGCUAAUUCUUACGCAUAUUGUUACUUCCUUGAUACUCUACCGGGAGGUAAACAAAAUGGCACAAGUUCAGAUAACCGCAAUGGUGCUCAAAAGAGAAAAUCAAAGGUGCCAUUACCUGAUGACUCACUCGAUGACAUUGAUGACUCGAUAAUGUCUACCACUCCGGUACCCUCACCAAGGGUCAAAUCCGCUGAUAAAGAACAUGACUCUUCAGUCAGCUCUCCAUUAAAUGAGCCCGUGUCGAAAUGGCCAUCUCCACUGCCUUCAACGGAGCCUGAACUUCAUAAGGAUUCUGAAUUCGAUGCAUACGACUUCUCAAUCGAAGAUAUUGAGGACCCAGAUCAUGGUUCUAUAUUUGAUGAUGGUAAAUCAAAGGUUUAUCAUAGAAAACCCAGAUUGCGGAAACCGCCUCCCCCUCCUCCAGAGUCAAUUGCUAAGAAGAGAUCUAGCAAAGGCUCCUUCAUGUUAGAAGUUGAUAAGUCCCGCGAGUCUGAUGAGUCCACCAACCGCUCGAUGACUCUGACGCACACCAAUGGAGAGCACAAGCAGAGUCUGCAAACGUCAGAAGGUCCCUUAAUCACUGAAAAGCUACAGAGGCCCAGCGCAGCUGAAGAUACCCUCGAAGAUGAUGGCGCUAGUGAUAAGGACACUGACGCAAAAAUUAACCUUGAAUCGACUGGCCAAUCUGAAAUUUCGUUAAUUGAGAGUGAUGAUCUGACGCCUUCACUGGAUGACGGCUCAAAAUUCACAAUCUCGGAAAAUGACCCAUCGUAUGAGGAUCAUGGCUCUGCGGUAGAUGAAGAGCAAGCACUGAAAAAGACAGCAAACCAUACCCCUAAGGCCGAGUCUGGUAAUACGAAAAAGCGUCUGCUGGAAAGUUUAGAUGGCAGCAUGGACUCUGAUCGGUUCAAGCAGAUACUUGCGUCCCCAGGCAAAAAGAAAAAAGUGAAACUCAAUCAAGCAGAAGGCGCUUAUAAACCAAAGGAUGACAUUCUUGAUCUUUCGGGUCACAACAUCGGGGACUUCAACGAAUCCAACAUCUCCUACUUAGAAGAACAAAGGCAAUUAUCCAAAGUUCGAAAUGAUGAAUUUGCGACUAAAAAAAGACCGGUUCUUUCUACCGAGCUCUCAACCAAAGUCAAGAAGUCAGCCUUCGAUGAUGAUGAUGAUGAUUUUGAUUUUUUUGUUCACCGAUCCAAUAAGCUUAAAGGUGUCCAGAAGUCUGACCACAAUGAAGAGCCUGCAAAUGAAAAACCCCGUUCGUCCUUAGACAAAAACUCCCUACUUGACAUUUCGGCUUCAACUGAUGUGGAGAUGGCCCAACAAAGUACGCCCAAGGAAGCGGCAUUGAACUUGAAUGAGGCUCGAAAGGCACCCGAUAGUCAUUUGAACGAAAACAAUAAUGAAGGAAGCGUUGACAAAGACAUGCAGAACGCUAUAAAUGACCAUAUUGAUGGCGCUGGUCAUGCUGAUGAGCAAAGUUUUAAUGAAGAGCAUAUUCCUAGUGGUUUGAGAAAGGGUGGCCAACAAUCUACUGAGGAAGAAAAAGAUGGACCCAGCAACCAUGGACAGUCAUCUGAACCGCAGACUGAUCAAACUCUUUCAAAAGAAGAGAAACACUCGUUUGAUAACAAUGCCUUUUCCAAUCCUGAAGGUGGUCAAACUUCUCCAACAGAUCAUGCCUCUGCUGGCGAAAAAGCCUAUUCCCGUUAUGCGUCUCCUCGUGUGCCUAAUCUUGAACCCGAUGCAAAAGUAAGCAAUCUUGAUGCUCCAGCAGCUCCUGCGUCUGUCGCUGAAUCGAAGGAAACGACGAUGGAAGAAUAUGUUGAUACACGAGCUGAGUUCGAUGAUUCAAAAGCUGAGACGCCAACUCGCUUCAAGACAGGAAACUUAAAUGGGGCUCCUAGUGAUGAAGAGAAUGAUUCCGGUGGGGAAAGUAACUUUACUUUAUCACCUUCUACGUAUGGCGACUAUGUCAAGGACAUGCGUAGUAUGGAAGACGAGUUUGUGGAUUCUUCCAAUGUGGAUGAAGACCCCAUGAAUAUCGAUGAACAAGGAGGUAUGGUUUUAUUCGACGAACACAGUUUGAAGAAUGAACCAGAAAGAGCCAUCGUGUUGGAGAAAGCUCCUUCCAGAGAUAAAACGUCCCCUAACGUGGGAGAAAAAAUGUCCCACCAUGUUCAACGUAUUCCUGAAGCUGAAGAACAAGUCAAUGAUAUCCACGGUGGAAAGUCUGAGAUUGAAGGGGCACUGGAAACUAAAGAUGCAGAUAAUAGUGGUAAUGAGACUUCAAUUGGCGAUGUAUCAAUAAAAGACGCAAAGCCGACCUCCUUGGAAGCAUCGGAGCGAGAUAACUUGGCGGUCGCCACAAAAGAAGAGAAGGAGCUAGAUGAGUUGGAUCAUCAUGCUCAUCAUGCUUCAGAAACAGUGCAUGAUGAGCAUAAUGGUGAAGAAGAUGGUGCAGUUCAGGUUAGCGCUAACAUUCCGGUGCUUCGGAUGUCCGAGGGGGCCAUUGAUUCGGUGUCCAGUCCCAGCUAUAACGAAUCCCCUCAUAAUCGGACCUUCAUUGAGGAAUCACUGCCGGCGAGUGUUGAUGAAAGAGAUGAUGGCUCCAUCGAACAACAACGUCAAGAGGACGUCCCAUCCCCGUCCACUAAGCAGCUUGAUAAAAUCUCUGGCUCAUUCAUAGAAUCUAGCACGCCACGGAAGGCUCGUGAAGAUGCUGUCUACAAGUACUAUCCACGGAUUGACACAUCGAAGUUGGGAAACAUCAUGGACGAGCUCAAGACUUUGACAGAUACAAUGGAUUAUCUUGCGGAAGUCUCGGCUGCAAGCUGUGAGCUUCAUAACGACAAUGAAGGGAUUCUCACCGACUUUAUUGCGGCUAUGCCCGAGGAAGAAGAGGCCAUGACAGUGAAAGAGUGGAUGCAGCAUAACGCUGCAACAUGUGGCAGAACAGUAAGAGCGAUUGCCGAUCGCAUGAUUGAUGCCUACGCUGCUGAGUUUGACAAUUUGAUCGAGUAUGUUGCCGGUUUACCCACCACAGAUUGA